AUGGCUUCUUCCGCACCAAACCCUAAAAGCCCCUUGAGCCAAUCUGGUGCCAUCAAAGAAUACAAUGACCGCAUCCAAGACUGGCUGCUAGACCCAGGCUUAGAUAUCCAGGGUAGGCUGUUGGCUGGUGGCCACCUCACCGUGCAGCCUCAGCCUCCAAAGGGAAAGGACGCGCCAACGAAGCCAUCACCCAAGGCACACAUUUAG